AUGGCACCUCUCCACUCUGCUCAUGCAUGCCAACAACCAAUUGAUCCCGAUGAAUUGACCGAUGAAGAGAUGAGCCGAUACUCUCAAGCCAUACUCCACUCGGAUGAAAUUGGUAGUGCGGUGAGAAUUGUAUGGAGAAGGACUAAGAACAACCGAGUUGUUAUUGGGGAGGCUGGUGUUGGAAAAACUGCAGUGAUUGAAGGAUUGGCACAAAGAAUUGUAAGAGGGGAUGUUCCAAGUAAUCUUAUUGAUGUGAUGAGGCUCAUAGCUUUGGAUAUGGGUGCUUUAGUUGCGGGUGCUAAGUACAGGGGAGAGUUUGAAGAGAGAUCGAAGGCUGUAGUGAAGGAAGUUGAAGAUGUAGAGGGGGGGAACGUCAUAUUGUUUAUCGAUGAGAUUCAUCUUGUUCUUGGUGCUGGAAGAACAGAGGAGUCAAUGGAUGUCGCUAACCUUUUCAAGCCUAUGCUGGCUAGAGGGCAGCUACGCUGUAUUGAGUAUUGGGGCAACUCGAAGAAAUUUUACAACAUAACUUAG